CUGCCCAUCAGCCCUGGCUGCCUUUGUUCGUCCGUCUAUCUCCGGCUGGGCGCCCGCUGGCCGGCCCUCUCAGCUUCCCCUCGAGUCUCUCGAGCACGACAUCAGGUGUCUGCCAGCAGCGUCCUUCUGCCGUCGCGAGCCGCUCUCCCAAUACAUCCACCAUCCUCUUGCGCGUUGUUAUUAUCCGCAGCUGACAUCUGGCCACCGCCGCAGGUUCCAGAGCCUCAUAUCUCACCGCCUCCGCGCUUCACCCACCCCGUCUUCUCCACACUCAAUAACCUCAGGUCGCAAUCAUGGGUCUCACAUUCUCGAAGCUGUUCGAUAAGCUAUGGGGAAAGAAGGAGAUGCGAAUCCUGAUGGUUGGCUUGGACGCCGCAGGAAAGACGACCAUCCUCUACAAGCUCAAGCUGGGUGAGAUCGUGACAACGAUCCCCACCAUUGGCUUCAACGUCGAGACGGUCGAAUACAAGAACAUCCAGUUCACUGUGUGGGAUGUCGGAGGACAGGACAAGAUCCGCCCGCUUUGGAGGCAUUACUUCCAGAACACGCAGGGCAUCAUCUUCGUCGUCGACAGCAACGAUCGCGACCGUGUGAACGAGGCCCGCGAGGAGUUGCAGCGAAUGCUGAACGAGGACGAGCUGAGGGAUGCCCAUCUCUUGGUCUUUGCCAACAAGCAGGAUCUGCCCAACGCCAUGAACGCUGCCGAAAUCACCGACAAGCUUGGUCUCCACAGCUUGAAACUCCGCGCCUGGUACAUCCAAUCCACCUGUGCCACCUCUGGCGACGGUCUCUACGAGGGUCUCGAAUGGCUGAGCAACUGCCUCCGCAAGUCAGGCCACGCCUAAGCGUCUACGCAGCGUCUCCGACCUCCCACCACGUCCUCACGCCAAGAAUACAAAUCGGCCACCGGAAUUAAAUCUUAAACUCCCCAAUCCCACCCUCCCUUCUCCCACCAACCCAUCAUUCUCAGCCAAACUCCCCCGUGUGCUUUGCCCUUGGUUGUGCUCUCUUAAACUCAAUAUUGCGAAAUCGGGGGGCGGGAGAAAACGCUGUUCCCUCUUUUCCGGAGUUAGCUUUUGCUGAACAAAGUUCAUGGAAUAUUUGUUGGGUGCGGUUGCUUCGGAACAGUUUUUUCUCUCUUGCUACUGCUCUUUUUUGUUGCGGAUCCCUUUGUUUAAACCAGCUCCCUUCUUCUAGUAUUACGUCCACCGAAAUUCCCGUCAAUGCCAACAUGUGAAAAUGAAACUGUUGGGAUAAUUGUUUAUUCG